AUUGCAUUUAAAAAAAUCUUGAUGUAGGUUUAAGCAUGUAUUUGGAAAUUAUAUAUUGGCCUUUAAUCAGAAAGCAGGUUCUCUGACAUUUGGGGAAAAUGUGGUUAAUAUUCACACGCAUAAUAAUGAAGAAGGGAAAAUAAAUGCCACGUGCGCAUGUCCUGUUGUCAGACUUUAAAGGCGGGAAAAAAGCGCGCGGGAAAGCAAUCACGUGGUUCGUUCUGAGGUAAAGUAACAACGUUGUAGGUGGUGAUCCAACAUGGAGGAGCUCCUGUCUCUGAAAGAAUCCAUAGUUACCUACUUGGACAGAAGUGGAGGUCUGCGUAAGCUUGUUGAAGCCUGUCAGUCAUUUAAAGAUUCCCAGCAGGUAUAUCGUUUCAGUUUUGACGUGAACCCUUCUGACAUAGUUGAACUGGAUGCCAAACUGGGAGAUUGUGUAUUGCACGACCCCCUGAAAGCCACUGCACUUUUUCAGUCUGUUUGUUUUCUCUCAAUAAAGACAUUGUCACUAAUUGAGCACAUACACACAGAGAACCAGGUUAAUGUGGUUUUACUGCCAACACACAUGCCACCGUUUCCCAGUUACAUUUUGGACUUAUCCGAGUUUCCACGUGGCUAUUAUCUGAUGAGGCCUGUAGCAUUGGAGGGUCUUGUAAUCGCCAUGACUUGUGUGACCAAAUACACCCAAGGAGCCAGAUUCAUCUGUACAGAAGAAAAAUGUCCUUGCUCAAGAGGCUUUCACCAUAUUAGAGUACAUGCACCAGGAGCUACAGAGUCAGCUACUGUCCGGAGUGACUUCAUCUGCUUUCUUUGUUCCUCGCCACUUAAAGAGGAUGUGAAAUCCCGUGUUUUAGGGGAUAAGCAGCUGGUUGAGCUUACACACAUGAAAGCACUGGAUGUGUUCGGAGUUCACGAGCCUUCCUCCCUGAGAUAUCAAUCUGUCACUCUAUUUUUGAGAGAUGAACUAUGUAACGCUAUGAACAUUGGCCAGCUCUACCAUGUAGUAGGAAUACCAGCACAUGUGCACCAGAGCGCCAAUAUUACUUGGGCUAUAGAGGCUUGCAGAAUUCAAAAUCUCAUGCCUGAAUAUCCAUCCAGUAUAAGUGAAAACUUCCAGGCCCUGCAUGCUGCCUCAGCCUGUUCCCCUUGGAGAUUUUCUGCCAUUGUUGCUAACUCAUUUGGUUCUCCAGUACUCCCUCCAGGCCUGUAUAAUACACUCAAACUGGUGCUGCUUCUUAGCCUGGUGCAGACUAAAGAGGAGAAUUUAGAGGCACAUAAUCAUUUGGAUGUGCUCGCACUCACUGGCAAUACUCUUACUGUUGAGAGGUUAAUGACAUACAGUCUGGGGCUGGCAGCACGGGGUAUUCGCCACACAGUUACUGGAGAACUAUUUGCCUCCCUAUCCAGGGAUGAGCAUGGGGCAGGAACAGCUAACAUCCAUGCAGGCUCUGCUUUCCUGGCUGCUGGAGGGGUGUGUCUGCUAGGGGACUUAACAUGCUACAAGAAAGACAAGAUAGACACCCUCCAGUCAGCAUUAGAUAGCCGAGCAGUCUCUGUGUUUAUCCCCGGAAAGAAGUAUGGUGAGGAUGCUGAGCAGCUUCUUUCCUUCCCUAUCAACUGCAACUUUUGGGCCUUGGCUGAUGCCUUAACUCCUUCUAAAAAAGCUAAUAGGCCUGACAGUGUACUGCUGGGUUCUGUGGAGAUAGGUCCAGUACCACCACAACUUGUAGAUGCAUUUGGGCUUGUGAUCCAGUGCCGAGAGCCAGUAGGUAACCACCUGCUCAAUCCAAUGAUAGUACACACUCUGAGGCAGGCCAUUUCACCAGGAGAGCCCGUGUACCCUGCCUGCAUGCAAUUUACCACCCAGGACUACAAGGAACUCCUGGCCUAUGCUCGAAAUCUAAACGUAGGCUUGAGCACUGAGGCUGAGAAAAUGAUUCAUGGUUACUACAUGGCCAGUAGGAGAGUACGCUUUUCAGGAUCUGUCACAUCCAUGAAAGUGCUGCUAGCCCUUGCAGAGGCGCAUGCUAAACUAAACCUGAGGUCUAUCGUUCUGGAAGAGGAUGCGGUUAUUGCAGUGUUGCUGUGUGAGAACUCCAUUACUCUAAGACAUGGUGCCUCUACGCUUGUUAUUCCACCUGAUGCAGUGUUUCCCUGUGAUCUGUGUGACCUGGAGUCCCUGCACAGACGAGACUUGACCUUGAAAGAGUUCCACCAGCAGAUCUUGCAGUUUGUAUACAACUAUGCACCAGGAGCUGCGAACUACAUAAUGGAAGAAUAAGACCUUUAAUCUCAUUGAUAUAUUUUUAGGCUAGGGCUAUGUAUAUUUAUUUUACAUUUUGUUGCAAUAUUGACAUCUUUAAUGAAUGGAUUUAUAAAUCUUACCUUUUUUUAAAAUGCA